AUGGUGGUGUGUGUGAUCUGCAUCGGCCCGGUGUCGCUUCCGGCCGGAAGCGAGUGCGCCGGUGCGGGCCCAGGUAAAAAGCCCUACAGCCGCAAGGCCGAUCACCAGCACGGCAGAGAGGUCUGGCAACAGCUGUCGGGCGUGCUGCUUGCUCCCCGUGGUGUGUUGGGGAGUCAUCUUCGCAAACGCUGUCUCUUGAUGGGGAAAGCCGCCGGGGGUGGGCGCGCAGUGCGUGUGGGAGAUAAGGGAGCAGGGGCCAAACCCACAUACGGCCAGAUGGGUGCCCCGAGGAAGCCAAUAGCCGCAGGCCGGCCUUCCCAUGGCUACGGGACCAGAAAGGAGGGGACAGACGAGCGGCGGGCGCAUCGAAUGGAAUUUUGUCCGCCUGAAUUUGGGAAGCUCCCGAAAAACGGAUUUCGGGAAGCUCACCAAAAACAGCAUGCGCCACCAAAGUACGAUACGGUUAUCGUCGGAGCCGUCCGCUUGGUGUCGGUGCUGGUUGCGGCCUUUUCGGUGGACAAAGUUGGGAGGAGGCUUCUUCUCUGCAUCUCAGCUAUCCUGAUGUUCUUCGCCAACCUGACUUUGGGCUUGUACAUCCACUUUGUACCACUGCACUCCAACAAUUCCUCCACUGUGAUGGUCAACGGCAGCCAUGAAGGUCUCUCCAGCCAUCUGACAAAUGGGAUCACCGUUAUUCCUUUAAUCGCCACGAUGUUCUUCAUCAUCGGCUACGCCAUGGGCUGGGGUCCCAUCACUUGGCUGUUGAUGGCUGAAGUUCUCCCACUGAAGACCCGAGGUGUUGUUUCCGGACUUUGUGUCCUUGCGAGUUGGUUGACUGCUUUUGCUAUGACCAAAGCAUUUCUGCUGGUGAAGUAUGGCCUGGAAACGCCUUUCUUCUUCUUCAGCGUCAUCUGUGUGGUGAACCUGAUCUUUACGUAUCUGAUCCCCGAAACCAGAGGACGGUCCUUGGAGCGCAUCGAAUCCUAUUUCCGCACCGGACGGAAAUCCUUCCUGGAAUCUUUCAGAGGACGAAGGUGAAUUUCCAAAGACAAUGCACGACACUUUGUGGCACCAAACUGCAUUAAUUCUACAAUGUAGAAGCACCCAGGGUCUUUUAAGGGGCGGAGGGCUGGACUAUGUGGCCUUUGGGGGUCCCAAAUAAAGCCGUAU